GACAGAAUCUGAGUCACAGCUCCACGACGAUCAACAGGCUACCCAAGCACCGGCUGCAGUUCUGAAGCAACAUCUGCUCGACUUCUAAAAUAAAUAACAGGCUUUCAAGUAUUAUUAUUGUCUUCUAAAUAGUCAAUUAUUAGUCAGUAUGGAAUAUCAAAAGGCAGCAGAACUUAACAGUUUGUGCAAUGGCAAAAUCGUCACAGAGUAUCUCUGCCGCAAUGGCUUUAGCGAGUUGACGGUCGACACGAAAAAAGUCGCUGUCCAGCACAAAAACGAGACAUCCCGGAAAGAGGAGGAGGAUGAGUCGCGGUUACCUGCUCUGGAGGCGGCAUACACCACCAUACUGAGAGGACUGGGGGAAAACACCGACCGACAGGGUCUCCUCAAAACCCCUCUCCGCGCUGCUAAAGCCAUGCAGUUUCUGACCAAGGGCUACCACGAGACCAUCUACGAUAUCCUUAAUGACGCCAUCUUUGAUGAAGACCACGAAGAGCUAGUCAUUGUGAAAGACAUUGACAUGUUUUCACUAUGUGAACAUCAUCUAGUACCAUUCUUUGGCAAGGUUCACAUAGGAUAUCUGCCAAGCAAAAAGGUUGUUGGCCUCAGUAAGCUUGCAAGGAUCGUUGAAAUCUACAGUCGCAGACUUCAAGUCCAAGAGCGUCUAACAAAGCAAAUAGCGAUGGCAAUCUCUGAAGCCCUGCAGCCUGUUGGUGUGGCAGUCGUCAUUGAAGCAGCUCACAUGUGCAUGGUCAUGCGUGGAGUGCAGAAGAUGAACAGCCGUACCGUGACCAGUGCGAUGCUGGGUGUGUUCAGAGAGGAUCCAAAGGCCCGAGAGGAGUUCCUGGCCCUGGCCAAAAGCGCGCAGUGAUCACACUUCCAUCCCUUAAGUCCAUCAGUGUGUUUACAGCCAAACAGGUCAACGAUUGUGCUCUACUUUUGAAAAGCUCCAUGGUGCUAAGAGAAUCUCACUGAGCCAGAGCUGUAGAUAUUUUUUUUCCACCAGCAACAGCUCAGGGGUCUUCACUGUUUGCGUAUAUUUAAAUACUAAAUGUGAAUAUAUGAAGGAUCAGUGUUACUAUUUUCAAGCCAUUAUUGAAUGUCCAAACAUUCACAGAGCUGCCUUAAAAUUGAAUUUAUUAUGUGUCAUUUCUACUGUUAACAAUUACUAAAUUAAUAUUUUUUUCUUAUAUACACACACACUUGUCUAACCUUAUGAGUUUUUACAAAAAUGAAAACAAUUAAUAAUUUUGUACGCAACUUCCACAUUUUAUAAUAAGGUCUGAUUAAUUAGCACCAGUUAAUGCAUUUACUAACAAUGAACAAUACAUUUGUUUCUGUAUUUAUUCAUCUUUGUUAAUGUUAUUUUUAAUAUAGUCAUUCUUGGUUAGUUUGUUCUAUUAUCUCAGGUUUAUUAAAUAUUAACAUAUCCCACUUUUGAUUUUAAUUGUUUUGUUUGAUGUUGAAAUUUAGAAGUGCUUUAGAAGUGAGUAUUUUUCAUUGUUAGUUCAUGUUCACUAAUCUUAACUUAUUGGAAAGUUUAACCGCAACUUUUUUUAAAAACCAAAAACGUAUUUUUGUCUCUAAUUAGAAAAUAUUCAAAGUGCCAAAAAGCGAAGACGAUUUAUAUUUUUGAUGUUCCGCAAUUCAAUGAAAGGUUUCUCGGAUAUAUCUGUGUGGCUUCAUUUGUGUGCAUUUAGAAAAUGUUUAUUUAAAAUCAAAGCACUGCCAUUGUCACGUUUUUAUAUUAUGCACAGGUCUGAAUUGUACAAACAGAAAUGAAAGAUGUCAUUCACACAAUCUACAACAAUAAAGCACCAUUAUGAAAUCCA